CGCAGGACGACAGGGAUAGCAGUAGUGGUGCGGCAAAGACACAAGACGGAAGGGGGACAAGGCCGGAUCGCGGCCUGAAACCGAGGAGACGGACGGGGGAUCAAUCAGCAACGGUAUGAGGAAACGCCUCGAGGCGCGCGAGAAGGCUGCUACUGUCUCAUCGUCAGCGAGCGGGAACGGCCGCGUUGCUAUUGUUGCCACUACUACUACUACUAUUACUACUACUACUACUACUACCACUACUACUACUACACGUCACUACUACUGCUCGACUCUUGAACGUACGCGAACACACGAUGAGCGCCGAAUUCGAACGCUGAUAGUCAGCGGAACGAAUCGUCAACGAAGAUUCGCGCGGGAUAUUUAUCCGUGAUUUAAUCGCGAGAUAUUCGCCAAUAGAAAUGCGCGCACGUUUCUAAUUCUAAGUAUCAGCUCCUAUGCACACGUUAACACUGCUACGCCAAUAUUCUUAUUUGUAAGAAACGUCGACUAAUCAUUCGAAGCGAUCGUCGAAGGAGCGGUUUAAGAGAAUCGUUCAUGGAGUUGCCAGACAUCUCGCGGACGAGAAUCCGUAUAUCUUGCGCGAGCUCUCGCCAAGUUAGAGCGCUCGUUGGCUCGCGGAGGGGGUGAAAAAGCGCGCCAGGGGUCACCGGCAGUAACUGGGACACCGCGGGCUGCCGCGAUUCCUAGUUUCGGGGACAGCGAGUCCCUUAACCUCUCCGGUGCUGAACAAACGCGCCAAACCGAAAAUCUUAGAGAAGCGUGAAGCUUGAAAAAGUACGAGAGAGGCACUUGAAGAAACGAUCGUUUCCCAGACUCUUGGUUUCUAAUUUUCAUUCAUCCGUCUCGUUCACGUAAACGUUGAUAUAAAUGUGGGUGACACUCGGUAACUAUAAGCUCCUCGCAUUUUUAUUGUUACUCUCUAAAAGAAAUUAAGUGCGUUAAACUAAACACACGUUCACUACCGUCCGACACGCGAGCAACACAUUUGAGACACAGCCGAUUGUUUUAGCGAGGUAUUAAAUGCGUUCGAUAAGGAAAAGUGCGUGCAUAUGCAUACACAUACGGGUACACAAAACACGCGCACAAGACACGCGAUGCUGCGUGAGUCUCUGCUAAUGUAUAAGAAAUAUAUACAUGUUAUAAAUUUAUAUAAAUGCGUCAUAGAUGCUAUAUGUGUGUUAAAUCUUCAUAGAUCUAAAUCACAACGUUGAAGACUUACAUAGUAUAUAAUGUUACGCGAUUCUCGAUAAUCAAAUAUUGAUAAAAGUACAUGUGUACGUAUAUAUAUUAGAAAAAAAUUAAGUGAACGAAAAAUAACAACAAAGUUCUCGAAGAAUAAAACAUUGCGCAACUGAGGACCGAGAAAGCGGAACAAGAAGAAGCUAUUUACUUCUGCGAUUAUGUAUUUUGUGAGAGUACUGACGGAAGGAGCGACGGAAAUACUUUCAAGUACCGUGAGACUCGAGCGAUCGUUUGUGUAUCACACGUGUUGAGAAUCGUAGAUCUGCAACGAGAUCUUAGUCGAGCAGCAUUCGACCGAAGAAACUGCCACGAAACAUUUGCCAAUUAUUAAAAACCAAAACACCUAUAAAAAGAAAGAAACGGGAGACAGAGAAAAAGACUAACAAGAUUUUUCGUUGUCAACGCGCGCGAGUACUUGCGCGAGUCCACGGUGCUCAAUUAGGCUUUAUAAGUACAAAGACACGCAGGCGUGCAAAUUAUUUUUUUCGACCGAGGUAUGUAAUCCCUCUUGUAUGUUAUAGUAAGUUUAAACGCAUCGAGUCUGUCCAACUGUCCCCCUCUUCCGCCGAUGAGAUCCUCAAUCUACCUCAAUAACUAUCGGCUUGCGAUCCAAGUCCCAUUUCUGAAUUUGUCCUUCUGGAACAAGGAACGAUCGAAUAAACAAUCACUUCGCGCACAUCUCUCUCGCGCGUCCACAUGAAAGUCCUAGAACUUAAAAAUCUUUCUGAUCGUCUCGAGAUCGUUCGUCACUUUGCACUCUCGACAUAUACAUAUAUAUGUAUGUAUGUGUACAUACAUAUAUAUAUAUAUAUAUAUAAUAUCUUUACACAAAAUUAUACACAAAAAAUCUAUAUUCAGUUUUCUUCGAGCUUGAAAACGCACGUGUUUCAUUGCUCGUUAAUUGAACAUUAUAAGUACAAGUAUUUGCUUUUUUUUUUGCGGUGAGAGAGACAACGGGAUUAAAUCCGUAAGAUGAUCGAUGUGAAUGGAAGCGCAGCCUUCGCGUGUCUCCAGUUCUACGGAAUUUCGAUCGUUGUUCGCGCAAUUCCCGAGCUCGUCGUCGCGCGAUAGAUAGUACUAUCCGAUACCAAGCGUUACACAAGCGUCGAACAUCCGUCUUUGGAAUCGAUUGAAUGCGGACGAUUACGACCUGGAAAUCGGCGCUCCGAGUUUGUAUCGAGUUUUGGCGUGAUUGCGCCUAAGUGUAGUUCGCAAAGCACAAGAAGAAAGUGAUAUGCCCUAUCACAUGCGGAUGCGCGAACGGGAUAAUGCUGGCGGCGAGAGAUGAGAUUAGAGAAUCGAAAAGAGAACCAGAAAAGAAACAGCUGCACCGCGGCACAGAAAGAAGAAGAAAAAGGAGAAAGAAAAGAAGCAGCGGCAAGGAAGACAUACAACCAUGUCAUGGGAGUCUAUCUCGUCUAGGGAUUACUUGGGCGGAUCGGCGAGUCAUCAACUCUCGGCGACCGCGCUGCUCGGUAGCCCCGAUGGAUCGAGACAUCCUCUCGAUGUCUGCGAGUUCACCGAGGAGGAUUACCGGCAUCAAAAUGGCAACAGCAGCAAUGGCCAUUAUCAAAAUGGCAGAUCGGGUAUAUGGGAGUGUCUCAUAAGCUGCAGAAAACGGCUCGAUCAACAGUUAGCUCGAAGAAGGAUGGAACAAGGUUUGAAACUGUACCGAGCUCACAAGCAACAAGCCGCGGUUAAAAAAUGGAGGGGCGCACUGAAAAACAUCAGACAACGCGAGGAUAAAUUCACCCUUCUCGGAUAUUUGUAUCAAGCGUACAUGGAUUGGGGCAAAUACAGAGACAGUAUCGAAUUUGGCAACAAGCAGCUAUGUAUCUCUGAAGAGUUGGAUUCGCCAAACAUGCGAGCGGAAGCGUAUUUGAACUUAGCUAGGGCUCACGAGAGAUUAGGCGCUCUGGAUAGAGCGUUAGAUUAUGCUCGGCACAGUUUGUAUAACGAGUGCGAUCAGUGCGCUACUGCUGGACUAGUUCACUUAACAGUAGGCAGAGUUCACUUAGAACUAGCGGGAUUCUGCAAAGCUCUGGAAGCGUUUCAGAGGGCUCACAAAAUCGCCCACUCCAUUCAAGAUCCCUCCUUGGAACUGCAGGUGUACGUUGGUCUGUCGGAACUUUUCUGCAGGUUACAGGACGCAGACAAGAGCGCGAGAUACGCUGCAAGGGCGUACGAUCUCUCGAGAAGUUUACAACUGGGAGAUUUAAAUUCGCGUCAUCACAGAGAAGCGUUAUUACAAAUGGCCACGGCGCUCAGGAAAAAAGGCGAACUAGGCGAUGCUCAUGAUUAUUGCUCGGAAGCAACGCGGCUGUCGCUGGUCUCUGGCGACCAAGCCAGUUACGCUCGAAGCAUUCGCAUCAUGGGAGACAUUUACAGAAAAAAGUCCGACAUAAACAAAGCAUUUCGACAGUACGAAAGCGCGAUGGGUUCGGCGGCCGCGACUGGGGAUCGGUUGUGCCAGAUGGAGGCAAUGGACGGCGCGGCGAGAUGUCUGGAAGCUCUCAGGCUCCAGCACAAGAUAUGCAACUGCAGGCCCCUCGAGUUCAAUACCAGGCUCCUGGAAGUGGCGGGUUCAGUCGGCGCCAAGCUCUUGGUCCGGACAGUUAGGUCCAGAUUGUCGCGAAUUUACGGGUCUUUAGGUGACGAGGAGCAAAAAGGACAUCACGAAAGGCUAGCAAUUGCGAUGGAAGAGGAUUUGGAGCUACGAUGCGGAAGCUGCAAUGAACCUUUCGGUUUGGAAGCCGAUUCUCUGGAAGCGCUACCGUGCUCACACAUAUUACACGCUCGAUGCGCGUACGACAUCUUGAAGAGACGCGAUAAAAAGAAGAAGCGCUUAUGUCCCGAUUGCCAUAAAUCUGUCAGCUCACGACUGUACCUGCAUUGCGAGGAUCCUCAUGGCAUGAAUACUUUAAAUUAUAGUUCCUUGAGCCUGGCGUCAUUAAGGGCCAGCAGCCUAGCAACACUUGAGGACUGUCACGCGACGAGUAGCGUUUAAAAAAGAGAAACACACAAACCUACCAAUGGAUUACGUUUAUUUUAACGCGUUGGAGCGAUCCGCAUGCGAGUAGAUAAUUUUAAAAAUCAUAAUUUGGAAGAUAAACGAGUCAACGGAAAGAGUAGUACGAUACGAAGAAAAAAGAUUUAAUGGCAAUAAAAAGUGCACACGCCUCAAUAUCCAUGCUCUACUGAAUAUUACUUUUUUUCCUGACAAGAAUUUCAAACCUGUUUAUAUUUCUUUCUUAAAAGACUCUUUUUUUACAUUUGCAUUUCAUUAUAUGUAGAAGAGUGAAAAG